UCCAUGAAGUAAAAGAGUUUAUUGAAGAUGAUUUUUAUAUUAUUGUGCUUAGCUUGAAACUCUGUGUUAUUAGAUUAACAUGAAAGUCGCCCGUUUCAUUUGUGACAAUAAAUUCAGAAUAUUCAAAUCUUUUCUUAUCUAUUUUACCUUUGCAUGUGUGGGAUCGUCAACAACGCUUCUUGGUUCAAGUUUACUUGAUUUACAAAUAAGUUUAGAUGUUGACUUCGCAAAAGUUUCCUAUUUGAUUCCAGUUCGAAGUGCUGGUCACAUUGUUGGAUCAGAUUUUACUGGGGUAAUUGGCCAAAAAUUCAAUCGAUCUCUAGUUCUUUGUGUUUGUAAUUUGAUUUCUGGCAUUUUUCUCGGAGCUGCUACAAACUUCAAACAGUUUGAGUAUGUCGCUUGCUUUUUGUUUAUUGCUGGCAUAGGACAUGGUAUCGCUGAAGUGCUUUGUAAUACAGUAAUUGUGGACACAUGGAAAGAUUUAUGUACAAAUUGGCUUCAAGCUUUACACAUGUCGUGGGGAAUCGGUUCACUAGUAACUCCAAUUAUAUGUCGACCAUUCUUAAUACCAGAACAGGACGAGAUAAUUAUCCAAACAGCAACAAAUGAAACAUAUUCAGAUCCAAUCCUUGAGUUGAUAAAUAUCAAACCUACUUCGAAUGACGUGAAGGCACAAUAUGCCUUCAUGAUUAUUGGUGCAAUAUCAAUUACUAUCGCCUUUCCAUUAGGUUAUGUAUAUUUGAAAGAGAGAAGCUCACAAAACAAAACAAGCAACAAGCAAAUAAACACCGAUACAAAACAAAAAUGGGCUCCAUGGAAAGUUUACGGAGGAAUCACUUUAAUAGCGCUCAUAAGCCAUCUGACGAUCAGUUUAGAGGCAGUUCUUGGUUCACUUGGAGCUUCAUUUUCAGUCAAAUCUGCUCUUCAUAUAGAUAAAAAGACCGGCGUUUUACUUGCCACUGUUUUCUGGUCUUGUUUCUCCUUUUAUCGGUUAAUCUUCAUUCCACUAACAUUUGUUACAUCAGAAGUAAAAUUGCUGCUCAUGAAUACGCUUUUCAUGAUUUUUGGUGUUUUAAUUUGCGUUCCUUGGGCAAACACCUACGAAGUCUGCAUUUGGAUUGGGUUCAUUCUAUUAGGUGUAGGAAUAUCUCCAAUGUUUUCAGCUUCAUAUGGAAUGCUAUCGAAGCACAUUGUUACUACUGGAAAAAUAUCGCCAAUUAUUUUCAUUCCUGGAGUUCUCGGUGAAUCUGCUCAUCCUGCACUUGCAGCUACUUUAAUGGCUAAAAACCCAAUUUCAUUUCUUUAUUACAUUGGUCUUCUUGGCGUUUUUCUUAUCUUAACAUUCGUCACUCUCAUGGUUUAUUGUAAAAAGGUUUAUAAAAGUCCUGAUGGUCUUCAUCGUGGAGUAAAGGAAAGAUUAUCAACUCUUAGUAUUAGUCGCCACUAAAAGUGCCAUAUUUUGUCUCAUUGUAUUGCUAUUGACAACAUUUUAUGAAUUGUAAAAAUUAAUUUCAACUCAGACACAAACGUUGGACCAUCAUAGAACUACAGUUUAACAAUAAAUUCAGAUGUUAAAUUGGUAUAA